AGUCAGGCCAGCCCAUCUGUGGUAAUGGGUUAGUGGAGCCAGGGGAGGAGUGUGACUGUGGAUACAGCGAUCAGUGCAGAGACCAGUGUUGCUAUGACGCCGACCAGCCUGACAACAGGAAGUGUAAACUAAAACCCAACAAAGUCUGCAGUCCCAGCCAGGGCCCGUGCUGUACUCCUGAGUGCUACUAUAAGGGCCGGAAUGAGAAGUGUCGUGAGGAGUCUGAGUGUGCUCAUCAGGGCAUGUGUAACGGGGGUACGGCCCAGUGCCCAACCUCUGAACCCAAGGCCAACUUUACCGCCUGCCACGGAGAAACUCAAGUGUGCCUCAACGGGGGCUGUUCUGGCUCCAUCUGUGAGAAGUAUGGUCUGGAGGUCUGUACCUGUGCCAGCGUGGAGGGCAAGGACGAGACUGACGAGCUGUGCCACGUUUGCUGUAGUGAGAAAAGUGAGUCCUGUUACCACGUCCUCACGGUCCCCUCCUGUUACCACGUCCCGCGGUCUGUCCCCUCCUGA